AUGCACGGCGAGGCAUCCCGCGUGGGGCUCCUUUCGCUACCACCCGAAAUCCUCGACAGCAUCGCCAGCUAUGCCGCCAUGUCGAAUACCUCGUUCGCCUCUUCCUCCACCUCGGCACCCUGCAGCUUUCUCUACGACGCAUCACUUCGAUCUUCCAAGGUGGUCACUCCACCCACCGAUUUGCACGCCCUGCAGCUGGUCUGCAGACGACUUUACUCACUGCUGAGUCUCGAGUCCAACCCUCGUCUCUAUGCUAGAGUGUUCCGCAGCAAGUUCGACACCGCCGCCAUCGGGCGACGCUUUGGAAACCCUGCACUCACCUCUCACAACCUCGCCAACGAGCUGCGCAGACGCUGCAUCUUGCUCAAACGCAUGCGACGGUGCGUCGCCACCGCUGCCGAAGCGCACUCCAACGAUGGUGUGGCGCUGUUUGAGGACGAUGAAUCCAUCACCGAGAUGCUGUGGCUGGCGUACCUCAUGAUGCUUGAGAACGACGGGUUGAACUACGAGCAGCUCUGCUGGGCGCAGUUGCACAGUUUUCUAGCGCUGCAUCAUGCGUCCGAGAUGCUCGACGGCGCGGUACAGGCAGGUUACCCGUCGGAUGCGACGCACAAAGCGUUGGCGUUGCAUCUAAUCUACUUGCUCACCGAUCCGGAACAAUUGGCAUUCGAACCGAAGGGAGAGGCGGUCGAGAGGUUGUUUGUGCUGAGGCCAUUUGUGUUUGCAGCUCACAAGUUUGACGCCUUUAUGGCUCCCUGGACGCUUCGCAACUUGCCGCUCACAAAAAACGCAAAUAGUAAUGACAUCAACGAUGCCAAUGGCUCCGUUGGCUCGAGCGGUGAAAAUGGACACCAGCAGCCCGACGAAGCAGCACACCAGGCGUCACAGGGUGGUGGAGACGCACCAACAUUGGCGACGAAUCCUUUUCUGGCCGACCUUACACCUCGCGACCGCACGUGUGUAGUGGAUCACGUCGGCGGGCAGCUGCGUAUCGCAGCGCCCAUCCUCGCCCAAGGUGCGUGUUUCAGCUUCUUCAUGAAAGUUGAAAAGGACCCUGCGGUGCUAGGCAUGACCGCACUCUCAGAUCCCGACGACCCGAGCAGCGAAACCAUCGUCCGUCAACCUGCCGCCACUCGCCCCCCGCUCUCGCUCACUUCGGCGGAUCACGACAAGGACGUCUCGCGCCUCCUUUCGUGUCUCGACCCUACCCGCUCGCCCGGCCUACCCCCUCUUUUCUUCAGGGGCAUGUUCGAGGGAAUCUGGGAAGGCAGAUUUAGCUUUUUCGACUUUGAUUCGUACCGCGAGAUGCUAGCGGGCAGGAUGAGGAGUCUGUACGAAGGGCCGUUUGGCGAGCAGCCGCAGAUCUGGAAGAUCAAGGAGAAGGUUGUUAGGUUGGGGCCGAGCGAAGUGGAAGGUGGCAAGGGCAGUUUGUUGGCUGCAGGGUAUACGACGAGUGAGGCACCCCAGGAUUCGUCGGCGUCGGCGUCGGCGACAGCAGCGGCGGCAGGCGGUACGACGUCGAUGGACGCAAAAGGGAAAUCAAAAGCGUUACCGCAAGAUUGGGAUCGAUACCCGUCGUUUCCGGACGAAGAUGGUCGCGAACGAUACGAGAUUUUGCUCUCCGGCACUGGCCACUCUGCAUGGGGUCGCUUUGUCGUCCGCGGUCGCGUCCGAACGUGGGACGGCAUGCUUAUCAUGACCAAAGAGUAUCGUCCCGACGGUCGUGGCAAGUGGUUGUACAGGGGAUACUCGGUGGCUGGCGGAAAACUGGUGGGUAGGUGGAGAGAUACGUUUACCCCGGAUAACAUGUAUGGCUACGAGGGGUGUUUUUUGUUUCAACGUCGAGGUGGGGCGUAG